AUGGGGUUGUUGUCGGAUCAUCCGCACACUGCCAUCACAGAUACGAUAGAUCGGGUUGUUUCGACGAAGGAGUACGCUUUGGAGGUGGAUCUGGGGACAGUGGUGGGGCUAAUCAGGAACGGAGCGAGUGAUUAUGAGUAUAUUACCAACCAGCGGGAGGCAGCCAGGGUUUUGAGGAAGAAGCUGAAGUACGGAAAUCGGCUGCAGCAGUCGCGGUCGCUGGACUUGUUGGACUUGUUUGUUUCACAAGGGAUCAGGUUUGGAGCACUGUACAACGACGACAAGCUGGUCGACAGACUGAGCGGGAUUGCGUUGAACAGGGUGCCAGACUCCCGGGGCAGCCGAUACAAUAGCAAGAUUGUGAAGAAGUGUGCAAACUAUGUGUUGAGUUGGUGCAAUUAUAUCGAGGAAUCGGGACAGCAGUCGAAUCGCAGUUAUGCUAGUUUUGUGGAGCUCGGAAGGAGCGUCAAGAGACGCUACUCGAACGCUCAGCAGAGGCGCGGAAGGUCGAACUUUAUGGAUGACCAGGCGGAUGAAUCUAUCCACGCCUCGCAGCAGAGCGAUCCGGAUCAGCUCUAUGGAAUCCCGCGGAUCGACAUCAAGAAGUCCGCGCCAGCGAUGCGUGUGGUGAUCAGCGAUGCAUUGGCCGCGGCCGUUGCGUUAAAGAACGCGCUGAUGGUGUUGCCCCAGGGCAAGAGCUCCACGGACGACGAGGAAGCCACCGCCAGGUUCAUCCAAGCGAGAGCCCUUAGACGGAAGAUCCUCAGAUACUUGCAACUGGUCACCGAGGGAGAAUUUUUGGGCAGUCUCAUCCACGCCAACGACGAGCUUGUCAGCGCAUUGGCAGAGUACGAUGAGAAGAGCGCUGAAUCCGCGGAGUCGAGCAGCGAGGAGCUUUAUUCUGAUGAAGAUGGGGACGGCAGAAGCAGCGAAGAUGACUACGAUAGCCGCUCGCUUGCUUCUACACAGCCAUCUACCGCUUCCAACCCUUUUGGAGACCAUAACAAGAUAUGA